AUGGACUCGCACUACGACGAGUUCGGCAACUACAUCGGACCCGAGCUGAGCGACGAUAGCGACAGCGACGGUGGGGCGGAUGCCAACGACCAGCAGGUGAGAUCCCGGGAUGUCGACAACGGCACCGCGGGCAUGGACGUCGACGGCGACGACGCCGAGGAGAACUUCGAAACCGCGAUCGUCCUCGCCGAGGACAAGAAGUACUACCCAACCGCGGAGGAGGUGUACGGCCCCGGGACUGAGACGCUGAUCAUGGACGAGGACGCGCAGCCGCUCGAGGAGCCCAUCAUCGCGCCGGUGAAAAAGAAGCAGAUCGAGGCGGAUCGGGGUAAGAACGCGCUCGAGUUGAAGGUGAGCGAGGAGUACCUGCGGGGCCUCAUGGGCAACGCCAACCUCGUGCGGAACGUAGCCGUCGCCGGGCACCUGCACCACGGCAAGACGACGGUGUUCGACAUGCUGGUGGAGCAGACGCACCACGUGGACGACGCGAUCGUGCACGCGGACGAUAGGGCGCUGCGAUACACGGACACCAGGUUGGACGAGCAGGACCGGGAGGUUAGCAUCAAGGCGGUGCCCAUGUCGCUGGUGAUGCCAAACGGCGCGGGCAAGCACCUGCUCUUCAACAUGAUGGACACCCCGGGCCACGUCAACUUCAGCGACGAGGUCACCGCGAGCUACCGUUUGAGCGACGGCGUUAUGCUCGUGGUGGACGCGGUGGAGGGCGUGAUGUGCGGCACGGAGCGGCUCAUCAAGCACGCCGCGAAGGAGCGUCUGCCAAUCUGCGUAUUUGUCAACAAGGUGGACAGGCUCAUCCUCGAGCUCAAGCUUCCCCCCGCGGACGCGUACCACAAGAUCAGGCACACGCUCGAGGAGAUCAAUGCCAUCAUCGAGGCCACCUACGGGGGCGACGAGAACGCGCCGUUCGCGGAUCCAGUCAAGGGGAGCGUGUGCUUUGGAUCCGCAAAGUACGGCUGGUCCUUCACCCUCAACUCAUUCGCGAGGCUCUACGCGGAUAUUCGCGGCGUAGACAUGGAUACCCAGGCGUUCGCGCGCAGGCUCUGGGGCGACAUGUACUUCAACGAGGAGACGCGCACGUUCAGACGCAAGCCCCCACCGGGCGGCGGCGACCGCUCCUUCGUGCAGUUUAUCCUCGAGCCGCUGUAUAAGAUUUACUCGCAAGCCGUGGGCGAGCACCAGGCGUCCUUCGCCCGCGUCCUCGCCGAGCUCGGCGUGACGCUCAAACCCAAGGAGUACAGGAUGAACACCAAGCCCCUCAUCAAACUCGCGUGCACCAAGAUCUUCGGCGACGCGUCCGGUCUGGUCGACAUGCUCUGCGCGCACGUGCCCACCGCGAGGGGCGGAGCGCCAGCCAAGGUUGAAAACGCGUACGCGGGCCCCCUCGCCGGCGCCGACGGCCAAAGCUGCGUGAACACCAUGCGCGCGUGCGACCCGAACGGCCCGUUGCAGGUGAUGGUCGCGAAGCUCUACCCGAAGGACGAUUGCUCAUCCUUCGACGCGCUCGCGAGGGUCAUGAGCGGCACGCUGAAGAAGGGUCAGAACGUGCGGGUGUUGGGCGAGGCGUACUCGCCGGAUGACGAGGAGGACUGCGCGGUGAAGCAGGUGACGAACCUGUGGGUGUACCAGGCGAGGUACCGCAUCCCCGUGGAGGAGGUCGCCGCGGGCGCCUGGGUUCUCGUCGAGGGCAUCGACGGGAGCAUCAGCAAGACGGCGACGCUCGUGGCGGAGUACGGGGAGGAGGAUGCGUACGUGUUCAGGCCUCUCGCGUUUGAUAACCAGUCGGUGGUGAAGAUCGCGACGGAGCCGCUGAACCCCAGCGACCUGCCGAAGAUGGUCGAGGGUCUGCGUAAGAUCAACAAGUCCUACCCGCUCGCGGUGACGAAGGUUGAGGAGAGCGGCGAGCACACCAUCAUGGGCACGGGUGAGAUUUUCCUGGACUCCAUCAUGAAGGACCUUCGCGAGCUGUACUCGGAGGUUGAGGUCAAGGUUGCCGACCCGGUCGUCACCUUCUGCGAGACCGUGGUCGAGACGUCCAGCCUGAAGUGCUUCGCAGAGACCCCGAACAAGAAAAACAAGAUCACCAUGAUCGCCGAGCCGCUGGAUAAAGGAUUGGCGGCGGACAUCGAGAACGGGACGGUGUCACUCAAGUGGCCAAAAAAGAAGCUCGGGGAUUUCUUCCAGAACAAGUACGAUUGGGAUAUCCUCGCCGCGCGGAGCGUGUGGGCGUUCGGCCCGGACGAGAAGGGUGCCAACGCGCUGCUCGAUGACACCCUGCCCGGUGAGAUCGACAAAUCCCUGCUCAACGCGGUCAAGGAGAGCAUCGUGCAGGGUUUCCAGUGGGGCACGAGGGAAGGACCGUUGUGCGACGAGCCCAUCCGCAACGUUAAGUUUAAGAUCCUGGACGCGAUCGUCGCGGAUCAGCCGCUGCACAGGGGCGGCGGGCAGGUGAUCCCCACUGCGCGCAGGGUGGCGUAUUCAUCGUUCCUGAUGGCGUCGCCGAGGCUGAUGGAGCCCGUGUUCGCUUGCGAGAUUCAGACCCCCGCGGAUUGCAUGAGUGCAAUUUACACGGUGCUCUCCAAGCGCCGCGGGCACGUCAUCGCCGACAACCCCAAGCCCGGCACUCCGGUGUACACGGUCAAGGCGCUCAUCCCCGCGAUCGAAUCGUUCGGCUUCGAAACAGAUCUUCGCUAUCACACGCAGGGCCAGGCGUUCGGGCAGAGCUACUUCGAUCAUUGGGCGGUUGUGCCCGGCGACCCGCUGGACCGCGGCAUCGUCCUGAGGCCGCUGGAGCCGAGCCCGGUGCAGGCGCUCGCGAGGGAGUUCAUGGUGAAGACGAGGCGACGGAAGGGGAUGAGCGAGGACGUGAGCGUGCAGAAGUUCUUCGACGACACGCUCCUCGCGGAGCUGGCCAAGGCGGACGCGGGCAUCGAGGGGAUCAUGUGA